CUCCGCGCGGGCUCGCCGGCUCUGCCGUGGCCAUGUCGCUGCGCCGGGCGCUGGCGCUGGCCGCCUGCGGGCUGGCCGGCGGCUCCGUGCUCUUCUCGGCCGUGGGCGUGGGCAAGCAGCCGGCCCAUGGCGCCGGGGGAGACGCCGAGACCCGGUCGGCGGGAGCAGCCCCCGGGCUGCUGCUGCUGCCGCCCCCCGGCUCCUGCCCCGCGGCGCCGGGCUGGGUAGAGCGACCCGCCGGCGGGGGCGGCUACUGGGACAGCAACUGGGACAGACGUGAACCAUUGGCUCUUAUCAACCGGAAAAAGAAAAAUGAAGAGACUGGGGAAGAAGAGCUUGCUUCCCGCCUAGAUCACUGCAAAGCAAAAGCUACCAGACACAUAUUCCUUAUCCGCCAUUCUCAGUACAACGUGGAUGGUCGGAUUGAUAAAGACAGAAUUCUGACCCAACUGGGUCGUGAGCAGGCAGAGCUGACUGGGCGCAGGCUGGCAAGUUUGGGGUUGAAAUUUGAUACAAUUAUCCACUCCUCUAUGACCAGAGCAACAGAAACAACCGACAUCAUCAGCAAGCAUCUUCCAGGGGUCAAAAAAAUUAGUACUGACCUACUAAGGGAGGGAGCACCUAUAGAACCAGUCCCUCCAGUAUCUCACUGGAAACCAGAAGCUGUACAGUAUUAUGAAGAUGGGGCUCGUAUUGAGGCUGCUUUCCGAAAUUAUAUUCAUAGGGCUGAUGCAAAGCAGGAAGAGGACAGCUAUGAGAUUUUUGUUUGCCAUGCCAACGUGAUCCGCUACAUAGUUUGCAGAGCAUUACAGUUCCCUCCGGAAGGCUGGCUUCGGAUGUCCCUUAAUAAUGGCAGUAUAACCCACUUGGUGAUCCGUCCUAGUGGCAGAGUGGCACUUAGAACACUUGGAGACACAGGAUUCAUGCCUCCAGAUAAAAUCACACGCACCUGAUGGCCACCUGGGAGUUGUUUCUGGUCUCUCUGCACUAGUACAUCCAACUACUGUACCACUAAAUUUCUAUUUAAUGCUGUUUUAAAAUUGUACUUUAAGCCUCUCAUCUGCUUUUCAGUCCAAAAAAGAUGAAUUUGCAUUUCUUCAGCGUUCUAUGGACUUUACUUAAUCACUUCAUACAAUGAAGAGUAGCACCUCCCUGCUCUGAGAUGUGGAGUACAAAAAGACUGAUGAAAGGAUAUUUG